UUUGUAGACGUUUGUGUAUAAACCACUGGGUUUAUACAUCUUUCUCUUGCUUGACUGGUAUCACCAAAACUGACAUUUCAAGAUGGUGCCUAGCGUUAGUUUUCGUGACUGACUUUGUGCUGUCCUGUCAGAUAUUUUAAAACUGCUUUGUCGUAGUCAAUCGGACGGAUCAUUUAAUAAAUAGAUAGUGGUCCAGAGUCCUUGACUUAAUUGAACAAAAUCAUUUUGCCGACAAGUGCAUAACUGAUACAGAAGACAUAAUACAAGCUGAAGAUAUUUUCAUCACAUACCAGUGUCCGUAGGAAAAAGCAAGAAUAAUGUCAGUAGCAUUUGCAGCACGAGGCAAUCGACCUCCUUUGAGCCCAGCACAAAUACAAAAGAUGUUAGACGAAAACGCUCAUCUGAUUCAAACCAUACAAGAAUAUCAAUCGAAAGGUCAACUCAUGGAGUGUCAUCAGUAUCAACAAGUAUUACACAGGAAUUUAGUAUACUUGGCUUCAGUAGCAGAUGUUAAUCAAAACAUUCAAAGCAUUCUUCCACCACCGCACCAGCUAGCAGCUGGUAACUCACAAGCGCCGCCAAUUAAUUCACCCUCUCCAAGUGGUGGUGACGUUUCUGGAGGUGGUCAGCAAUCUUACAGACCACCAGGGGUCUCAACUACUCCAACAAGGCCUACCCAAUCUUAUGGGCAACGGCCUUACCCACAGAACCAAUAUCAAGGACAAUAUCAAGGUGCUCCAGGUGUAUACCCACCGCAGCCUGGUUAUGGCCCGCCUAGCCAAGGAUAUGGGCCACCUAAUCCUCCACAACAACCUCAGGGAUACCCUCCAAACUCAAACUAUGGACCACCUAUAACCACAACUCCAAGCAACUAUCCACCAUCUUCCCACCCAGGUCCUGGGUAUCCUCCAUCGUCAGCACAGCAGCCAUAUGCACCGCCUCCUGGCAGUCCCGCUGCUGCUGGUACUCCUUAUCCUGUACGUGGUGCAACACAACCUGCUUAUACUGGUAAUUCGGCUUAUCCUCCUUCACAAGCAGGAUCAAAUUAUCCUAAUGUUGGUGUUAGUACUUACAACAAUUCUACUGGUUCACAACCUCAACCAUACCAAUCGCAACCUUUUCCGAAUACUACUCCUACAUCAGCUUACAGCACUACUCCAACAUCUCAGCCUAAUCGCUCUCCGCAACCACCGCCUUCUGGUUAUUCAGCACAGAACCCGCCAACUUCAGGUUAUGGAUCUCCAUCUGCACAAUCACCAACAUAUAAUUCUAGUUCUCAUACUAAUGCUCCACCUACAUCCGUGGCGUCUGGAGCACCUACAUCGACAGGGCCGCCUGGUCAACAAUAUCCCCCACCCGGCCAGGCACCUCCGUACCCGCCCGCCACUCAGCCACCAUACUCAAACCCAUCAUCUCAACCAGGAAGCCCUGCACCAUCAGUUUCUACAGCACCACCGCCACAAGGAUCUUACCCACAAAAUCCUCAAAAUUAUCCUCCAGGGGGAGGUGGAUAUCCACCGCAUGCAUAUCAGCAAGGUUAUCCACCAGCUCAAUAUCCUCCGUCACCUUAUCCGUACGCCCGUGCUCCAACACCUGGAGCUCCUCCUCCUGGGGCUCCGCAACCGUAUCCAGGGUACGGGUUUCAACCGCCCACACAACAGUAGAAUAGGCCCUUUCUGUCAUGUUAGGUUACAGUUUUACGACAUUCUAGAUAUAAGAACAUUCUCUUAUUAUAACUUGUGCUGCAGCACAUAAUAUUUUACAUAAGCUGAUACCAGUAUGAACACACCACCACAGGCGCCGUCCAUAUUUUUAAAUUUACUUGAAAAUGAGGUGGUUUUUAUUUUUAAUGUUAUAGAAAGCAGGCAGCUUAAAGAACUCCAAUUCGUAGAUUUGGAAUUAAAAUUGACAAGACGAAAGUACCCGUGAUACCCCAGAAGAUAUCCCUGCGGAUGUCACGGAUACUUUUGUCAGGACCGGUACGGUAAUGAUAAAUUAGUGUUGUACUCUUGAAUGAAUUUCGAACGACUGAGAGAAAGCGAGAUGCUCUCUCUCUUAAUCAUACACUUAAAAAAAUGAUAAUUGUGUUUUCAUUAGCUUUGCACUACAUAAAUAUUGAAGAAAUUCGAACUAAACCAUCUUCGUUUUUGUAUUGUCGUAUGGUCAAGUGUGUGGUUGAGUGUGUUGUUACGAAUAAGGUAUAAUGACUAUGAAUCAUGCGUCUCAUAUUGUUUUUGUCAAUGUAGUUAAACUUAAUUUUAGUAUUGUAAUCUUACUAAGUAAGCGAUUGGUAAAUGAACAAAUCAAUAAAAAAAUAUUUCCGCUAAA